AUGGAGCGUCUUCCUCAGGAGAUUGUCGUCGACAUACUAUCCAGGCUUCCCAUUCCAAGUUUAGUGCAAUCCAAGUCCGUGUGUCGAGCCUGGCGUGGCUUGAUACGAGAUCGAGUGCUUGUCAACAAGCAUUUCUGGCGCAUGAUUCAGAAUGAUCCAAGCUUCAUUUUACAAAGCUAUAACCCCAUGCAAAACCAGCUUUAUUUUGGAGAUUUCUCUAGUCAAAACGAUGGAAACGUGAUCAUGAAGAAACUUGCUAUACCGCCGCUGCCUAAAUUCCAUGUGGUAGGAUCAUGUAAUGGAUUGCUAUGCUUGCAUACCUCUCACCAAAGCUUUGAAAUUUGCAUUUAUAAUCCUUUUACGCGGGAUUAUACAGAGUUGCCAAAGCUAACAAAGCACCCUAGUUAUAAUGUGGGAGUGCAAGGAUUUGGUUUCGAUCUUACCACAAAGGAAUACAAGGUUGUCGAGAUAUCAUAUCAAAUAAGAACUUGUGGAGGCUCCUUUCCACGUUUUCCUCGAUCUACUAAUUAUAUCGUUCGAGCUCCGAUUAGUGCUUCUGCUUCAAUUGAAGCGGCGGUUCAUAUUUUAACUCUUGGUAGCCCCACAUGGAGAAAUUUAGGAACCGUGCCAUUCCAGUUGAUGAUGUCGCAGCAAUCUCAGGUUCUAAUCAAUGGGAAACUGCAUUGGGUUGCUUAUCCUAACAGAAAUGAAACAAAAAACCCUAUUAUAUCCUUUGACCUGGCAACUGAGCAAUUCCAGGAGGUCCCUAGGCCUGAUUGCAUUAGCUUAGCCAACAGGCGAUUUGAGCAAAUUGUGGCUCUACGAGGUUGUCUCUCCUCAGCUUCUUAUCAGGAUGAUUAUGAACAGUUGGAGAUUUGGGUUAUGAAGGAAUAUAAUGUCAAGGAGUCUUGGAGCAAAGAAUUUAGCAUUGGAGCUUACGUGCCACCAAUUUUGCAGCAAGAUGAAUCUUUCAACAAUUCAAGGUUUUAUAUGAAUAAAAAAUGCAUGCGAGUCUUAUGCCUUUUGAGAAGUGGGGAGAUCUUGUUGGAGUGCAGAAAUAGAGCACUUGUUCUCUAUGAUCCCCAUUGCAGAACAUUCAAGGAUCUUCAUCUUACAUUUGAAGGAAUUUCAAACUAUUUCAAAGUAGUUGUUCAUGUUGCAAGCCUCAAUUGGAUUAAUACCUUCAUCAAUACCUGA